CAACCCUGAAAUCAACAACAAUAAAGACAUGUUUUCCAAACGAAUCCAUGUCAGAAGUUAACUUUUUCUAAAUAUUUUCAUCCCCCACGCCCAUGCCCAUGCCCAACACCAUGCUCAUACGGCAAAUAAUCCGAUCUUUGACAGCCAUCAGACUCAAAGCGAGGCCUGAAUCGGGUCUUAGAAGGAAUUAUCAUCAUUUAGGGGCCAUCAGAGCAUCGGCGAUUGGCCCUGUUUGGGUGCCUCCACUAGUGAACUUGUCUCGCCAUCUCUCGUGUUCGGCUCAGUUUUGGGCCAAGAAACGGAGUGCCAAGGCCAUACCCAUAAUUGACGAUGGGAGGCCCAAUGUUAAUGUGGGCACCAUUGGUCAUGUGGAUCAUGGCAAGACCACACUCACCGCCGCAAUCACCAAAGUCAUGGCCAAAGUAAAUAACGCCAAGUUCGUGGACUACGAUCAGAUUGAUCAGGCCCCAGAAGAAAAAGCCCGAGGCAUCACCAUUAAUAUCGCCCACGUGGGUUAUGAAACAAAGUCUAGACGAUAUGCCCACACCGAUUGUCCCGGACACGCUGAUUUUGUGAAGAACAUGAUAUCCGGCACCUCUCAAAUGGAUGGGGCCAUUUUAGUCGUGGCUGCCGACGAUGGCUGUAUGCCCCAAACGAGGGAACAUAUUUUAUUGGCUAAACAGGUUGGCGUGAAGAAUAUCGUUGUCUUUGUGAAUAAAGCCGAUCUGGUCGAUGAGGAGAUAUUAGAACUGAUGGAGUUAGAAGCCCAAGAGCUAAUUGCAGAGUUUGGUUACGACCCGAGCACCACACCCAUAAUUCAUGGGUCCGCUCUACUGGCUCUUGAGGGCGACACCGAUUCUCCUUAUGGAGAGGCCUCGAUCCUAAAACUAAUGGAUGCCCUUGACGAGCACAUACAAGUGCCCAAGCGCGACACCUCUGCUCCGGUACUGAUGCCCAUUGAUAACAUCAUUUCUGUACCUGGCCGUGGCACCGUAGUCAUCGGUACCAUCAAACGUGGGGCGCUUCAGAAAGGUGAUCAGCUGGAUGUGUGUGGAUUCGGGUAUCAUUCCAAAGCCACAGUGGGCGGGAUGCAGGUGUUCCAUAAAGACGUGGCCGUCUCGGUUGCCGGCGAAAACGUGGGUGUGAACCUGAAGGGCGUGAAAGGCACUGCUUUGAGCCGAGGCAUGGUGUUGGUAGCCCAAGGAUCGUAUAAACCUACUAACCAUUUUGAGGGCACGUGUUACAUCUUGAGUGCGGCGGAAGGAGGUCGCUCCAAACCCAUCAUGAGUAAAUACAUUCAGAUGAUCUUCAUGGACACUUGGAGCAUGGCAUUUCGAUUGGAUCUGCCCAAAGGUGCUGACAGCAACAUGAUCAUGCCUGGGGAGCAAGCCACCAUUAAGUUGACCCUCUUGAGAAAUAUGCCCCUUCUUGAAGGACAGAACUUUACCCUGAGGGAGAACAAAAUCACUGUGGGGACGGGAAAAGUGACCAAAUUGCUCAAACCUAUUGAGACUGCUAAACAUACAAAAUUGGUCAAACUCGAGGUGCCUGAUGUUGUUGAAUCAUAAAAAAGAACGUGUGAAGAA